AUGUAUAACAGAAUUUAUAGAGUUUAAAAUGAUCCACUAUAUUUAGAAAACGAUACAAAUACAUAUCGUUUAUAAAUUCCAGAAAAUGAAUUGAAAUCUCAAAAAUCAAGUAGAUUGACAUCAUAAAGCCAAUUAAUUUAGAUAGUGACAAAUACAUAGAAGAAUGAAUAAUAUCAACAAAUAACUAGUAAUACAGGAUUGGCUUCAGAAAAUUGGCUUAUUGAUUUAUAAAUUGUACAAGAAGAAAACGUAGGAUUAAUCAGUCAACUCCAAGUGUUACAAUUGAAUAAUAGAUAAUAAGAAAAAGAAAUAUAGGAAUUUGAGGAAAGAUAAAAAUAGUUAGAAAGUAAAUUAAAAGAUCAGAUUUUACGUAUUUAAUUAGAAAAUGAUAUAAACUUUAGGAAAGUUGAAUACGAGAAUGUAAAAUUAUUAAGCUAAGUUGAAGUUUAUUAAAAGAAAUAAUAAUAAUAUGAAAUUUUGAUUGAUGAUUAUUUAGCUUAGAUAGAUAAAAUGGGUAUUAUAAACAAUUCUAUAUAGUAAUAAUUAAUUUUAGUAUAGAAGGAUACAUCUCUCUUUUAUAAGGAUUAAGAUAUAUAGAUUUAAAAGCUUAGUGAAAUGAACUAAUAACUCUUAACAUAAAUAGCAUAGUUAAAUAAUUAAAAGUGCACAGAUUCAUUACAGAUAAAAGAUUUAUGUAUUAUAAGGUAAACACUUUAAGUGUAAGUGAAUAAACAUUAAGAUGAAAUCCUUUUACUUAAUGAUAGAUUGAAUGAAAUUUAGGAUUAGAAUUCCUAAUUGAGUAGGAUGAAUAGUGAAUAUUUGAAUCAAAUAACAAUCCUUCAAACUUAAUUGUCAGAAGUAUAAAGCAAGUUAUAGCUUAAUACUUAUGAAAGAGAUACAAAGAUAAGAUUUAGCGAAUAAUAAUCUAGAUAAUCUAAUUCUACUAGACAUAUAGAGGAAUUAAAUUCUAAAAUUUUAAGCCUUAAUACUUAAAUAAAUUAAGUAAAUCAAUAAAAGUAAUAAUUAUAACAAGAAUUGUAUUAAAUAAAAAAAUAAUUAUAAUAGUAAUAAGAGGAUUAAUUAUCAAUUUAGUCUAGAUAAUCAAAAUCAAAUCAAUAAUAAAAGUUAAUAGUUGAAUUGGAAGAGAGAAUUAUAUAAUUUUAAAAGCAAUUAGAGAAUGAAUCAUUGAGUAAAUCUGUCAACAAUGGAGAUUUAGAUAUAAAGAAUAAAUAAAUAAUAAUAUUAGAAUAAAAUAAUUCUAAAUUAUAAUAGUAAUUGGAAUAAUUAAAUAUUUAGAUGGAGGAAGAGAAAAGUUUAUUAUAUAAUAGAUCAAUUAUCUGAUUAAACUAGAAGAGUUAAGCAAUUGAAAAAUACAGAGUAUGAUUUUGAGUAUAGAAAUUCAAUUAGGCAAAAAUAAACAUUAUAAUAAGAGUUGAGUAAAGCUAAUUAGAGUGUUCAAAAAUUAUAUAAGUAAAAUUAAAAUAUUAGAAGAUUAAAUUAUUCAGUUUUCAAAUGAAAACUCAAAAAUAGAAAAAUAGAAUAGGUUUAUAGAUGAUAUAUAGGAGUAGCUAUAAUAAUAUAAAAUAAAAUAUGAAAAAGAAAUAAAAGAUUAAAGAUUUGAAAAUUAAUAAUUAAAUUCAUAAUUAGGGAAGGUAACAUUUGAAUUACAAUAAAUAAAAUAGAAAUAUUCAAGAGAAAUGGAAGAUAUAGAAUUAGAAUUUUAAAGAGAAAAUCAGAGAGUUUCUUUAUAAGUAAAUGAUAAAGUAUCUGACUUAAAUUAAUUAGAGUUAAAUAAUAAAUAAUUGAAAUAAGAUUUGUUGAAUUUAGAAUAAAAAUAUGAAAAAUAAUUAAGAGAAGCAAAUAUAAAAAUAAAAGAAAUAUCAGAUGAUUUGGAGAUAAUGAUUGAAAAUUAUAAAAAGGAGAAAUAAGUAAAAUAUCAUAAUCAUUAGUUAAUAGUUAAAUUAAAAAUUGGAAGACUAAAAUGAAGACUAAAGAAAGUAGUUGUUAAUUUAAGUUGAGGAAAUUAAGAUAAAGACAGAAAGACUAAGUGUUAAAAAGUAUGAAGAAUUAUCAAUAGAGUAACGAAAAUAGUAUUAGUAAGUUUAAUUUUAAUUUAAUAAAGAACUUAAUUAACUUAAGGAAGAGCUGAGAUAGAAAAAUGAAUAGAUAAAUCAAAUUAAAUAAUUGAAUUAAUAGUUAGAGUUGAAAAUAGACAAGUUUGAAAAAUACCUAAGAGAUUUAGAAGAUUAAUUGUAAUAAUUAUCUAGAAAAGAAGAAUAAUUCAAUUAUUCAAAAAAUUAAUCUUUGGAAGAUUCUUUGAAUGUGAAAAUUAUGCAAUUAUAAAAUAAUUUAGUUAAGGCUUAAAAAAAAGAAGAUUAAUUAAUUUAGUGUAUCAAAUAAUUAGAGCAAUAAUAGAAUUCAUUUAGAAAUUCAUAAGAGCAAAGUAAUUUAGAAUAAAAAAAUAAUUAAAUGUUUGAAGAAAUAUAAAUAUUAGUAUAAACCAUUAAAAAUUAAGACUUUGAAAUUUAGACUCUCAAGAAUUAAUUAAAUUCAUAUUAAAGAGAAGUAUCAUUUAUGAAAGAAGUUGUAAAGGAUGACUCAAGUAGAUUAGAAACAUCUCUAUAAGAUGAUUAAAAUAGAAGAAUUAUUGAAUUAGAAAACAAAUGUGCAUUAUUAUUAAAUGAAAAUACUCGAUUAAAUUUAUUAAAAGUAUUCUUAUUUAUUUUUAAAUAGGCAAAAUAAGUUGAUGAAUGGAAGAAAAGGCAUGAUAUAUUAUAAUCAGAAUUUGAAAGAAGUUUAAAUUUUAGAGAAUAAAAUCAAUAAAAUAAAAAUAUUAUAAUGUCUAGUAAUUUUGGAUAAAUUUCAAAUGCAAAAUGA